AUGUUUUUUGUGUAUUGUACUUCUAAUUGUUGGGCUGAGGAAGAGGACGAUACUUUCCAGUCCGUUAAGGAAGAAGAUGAGAGCGGAAUUGCCCUGGAUGCUUUUUAUCUUCAAUCACUUAUUAUUGAUGCCUUCCAUGAUAAAGGAUUUCAGAGAAUAAAAGAAUAUUUUCAAGAGAGAGCAAGCCAUAGUCCUCAACAGUAUAAUCAUCUUGUAUUCUACCAUCUUGAUAGAUCAAUAAGUAAGGAACUGGAUAAAAAUGAAUUUCAGAAUGUUUCACUGUUGUUGAAAUGUAUUCAGCGAUUCUUCAUCGAUGGCAUCAAGGAAGAUGAGCCUUUGCUAAUUCAGCAGGGACUGAUCCCAAAGAUGGUUUCCUGGUUUGAAAGAACAACAGAAUUUCUGACCAUGGCAAAUCCAGUGUCUGACCCAUCCCUGAUUAACGUUACAGAAGACUUCUUUGACACAGCCUUGGUUAUUUCAAGGAGGAGUAGUAAAGGAAAAAUUCAGAUGCUGGGUUCCUUCAUAUUUACCUUAGGCUUUCUGGUGACAGAAAAGACUGUAAAUCACUUGAUUCAACAGGAGGCUCUGAAGACUUUGAACUCCAUUUUGCAUGCUCUGCCUCGGGAAGAGAGGAAACAACUUCCCUUGUUAGAAGGCCCAUGUCAUCUGAUGAAAGACCUUGCAAGGACAAUCUUGACUGUGGGUGAUUAUGACCAGCAGGUUGCUCUUUCUGAAGCACUGUGUAGACUGACCUUGAAAAAAUCAAGGGGUGACCUUGUCCAUCAGUGGUUUGAAGAUGACCUCAUUGCAGAAGCUUUCAAAGAAAUUAAGGAUCGAGAAUUUGAGACGGAUAGUAGACGGUUUCUCAAUCACCUAAACAACAGACUUGGUGAUGAAAGAAGGGUCUACUCAUUUCCAUGUAUUGCUGCUUUUGCUGAUGGGCAUGAGAUGAGAAAACCAGAUGAUGAAAAAUUAGAGAAAUUUUGGAUUGAUUUCAACCUCGGAAGUCAGAGUAUAACUUUUUACAUAGACAAUACUAAGAGUGCCCUGUGGGACUCAGUGAGAAUUUUGAAGGAAGCAGUGAUUAAUUUCAGCAUAAUAGAAACUGAAAAUAUGAAGAUGCUUAUCAUUUGCCUGAAGAAGCCUAUUAAUGUCAGCAACAAAGAAGUGAUGAAAAUAGAAAUCCAUUUUGAUUUGCAAUUCAGCAUAUUGCAAGCUUCCCUUAAAGCUUUAGGAGAAGACAAACAGAUCUUGUCUGGCCAGAAAAGAAGCUCCUCAGAACUUUCUGGUAAAUCUGAGAAAGCAGACACUGACAUUCCUAGCAGUCAUGAAAGAGAGACAGGCUGGACAGAAGAAUCUACCAAGCUGGCCGAGUUCAUGAGUGCAGGAGACGACCACCGCCCAAUAGCUCUCCCCUUAAAUGACCAGUCUGAGCCUGUUUUUAAUUACAGAAAACACCUCUUCUCAGAGAGUAAUCAAGAUUCAAGUACUAGUACCAGUGAACGAUCUUGGACCAGUAACCAAAAAAGGAAAUCCCUAAAACCGUAUUCCGGUAGAAAAAAGACAAGAAUUAGAAGUAGUGUAAGAAUUUUGCCAUUUUCCCCUCCCAGCAGUGGCAGUGACCAUGAGAAGGAUGAAGCUAAACUUCUAACACCGUUAUGGAAAGAUACCUCCAGGCAAAAGAAUUCCAUACCUCCAAAAAUUUCUGGAACAAAAUUUCAGAGUGGUUCUGCCGUUUUAACUCCUGGAGUUUCUGCCCAGAAAACAGAACUCCCAAGUCCCCACCCACUGAGCGAUCUGUCUUCCUUGGAGCAUUCAGAAGUUGAAGAAAAUACAACUAAGACUGUGGACCAAGAAUCGUUGACGACAAAAAGUACUAGCUUCAAACAUAAACUGCAAAACUUGGAAGACAGAGACCCAUCAGAUGGCAGUUUCACUAAGUCCAAACAAUCAAAACUGGAAGAAGGCGAUGCUCCAGAAUCCCGGUCGUCGGUGACAGAAGAAACAGACUUAGCAGAAGACGUUUCUACUCCAUCCUUAGCAGUUGUGCCAGAGAACUGGAAUAGUUCUGCUAUUGUCACAACCCUCGAAACCUUCACUAGAAACCUGAAAAGAAAAAUGGAGCUUAGGUACAAAGGGAGUCCACUUUAUUCAAAAAAUGCAAACCAAGUACCGGAUUGCUUACUCCAACUUUUAAACCAGAUACAUCACUGCAGACUGAAUAAACUAGAGCAGUUUCAAAAUUUGGUCCUUCAAGAGCUGAGCAAUCUUGAGAAGGAUAUUCAGGCUCUGAAACACCUUGAGAAGGAUGCCCUGGAAUUUUGGGGAAAACAGUCUGAUGAUCUGAAGUCAUUCUGUGAUCUGCAAGUGCUGAGUGAAGCUGCCUCUUUACUAGUGGAAGUUUCCGGAAUGCACAGUGACAGCACUGUCAUUGCGCCUUUCUCUAAUACCGUUGCUUCUGCUGGAAAAAGUCUUCACCUAUUCUCUCCUCCUCCCACCCAUGAGUCUUUAAAUGUGCUUCCAGGCCCGGCUCCAGUUCUGUUUCUUCACAUAAGGGGCUCCUCACCUCCCCCGGUUAUAACCCCUCCUCUGGGCUUGUUUGAUGACCUUACUCCUGUCCGCGAUCACGCACGUCUCGUGCUUCCCAUGCACUUGGCCAGCUCGCUCACCUUGUGCCUUCGCAGAAAUGGAAGGGAGAUGACCUACGGAGCAGCCUCAGAAAGAGACAGCAGAACAUCAGGGCUCCUACGGGGUCUCGGAAGCCAAAGCACAAGAGAAUUUUGA